AUGCAACCUGCUGGAGGUGGCGGAGCAGAAGGAGGUGGAGGGGAUGACGAUGCAGGUGGUGAUGGGCAACCGAGUAGGACUGCUGAUGCUGAAGCGGGAAAGGAUCCUGGUGAAAAUAGUGGUGGAUCGGCAGGGGAUGGCAAAGAGGCUGAUGAUGGACAGGCAGUACACGAUGGUGGAGAGGAACUAGGAAAGGGAGAGCAACAAAAGCAAGGUGGAAAGUCGUCCGGAUCAGGGUUCAGCUGGUUCGACCCGCGGAGCUGGGGCCGGCCUAGCUGGCUUCGCUUGCCUGUACUUCCGCGGCUCUCCGGAAGUGGUGCAAACUCCGCACCGAAGAAGGACGGAAAGAAAGAGACGGAUGCCGCGGAAGCUGGGAGAGAACCGUCACAGGGGGCCGCCGCUGCGGAAGGUGGAGCUCCAGCCCCAGGCGAGGCCACGGAAGGCGAUGGCACAGCGAAGAAGGAGAGAGCAAGGGCAGACGGAGCCGCGCCGGCCGAAGAAGCUGUACCAGCAGAUGCCAGUCGAGAGAGUGAGCCAGCAACACAACCACAAGCCGCGGGUGGUCAGGCAGGGGCAGAGGCCACUCCAGCAAGCGACUCCACGUCGACCCCGAAGGCUGAACAGGCAUCCCCCACUGAAGUCAAAGAUGCCACCACUGAAGCCACAGCGCCUCAAGACACUGCAUCGGCAGUUCCCACUGCAGAGGGUGAGAAAGCCGACACGCAGACUCCGAUGGCUCAGUCAGCAGUCACCGCUCAAACGAGUGAAUCCACGGCGGCUCAGCAUGGUAGCAAGGCACCCGAGGAGGGAAGCUCUGAGCCGAGGGGGUACACCCGCUGGUGGAAUCGGAUGCCGGGACGCAAAUAGAUGAGCAGUCUAACGGAUUCAGUACCGAUUGCGAUCGAGAUGAAAUCGAAACCUGGAUGCCAUGUACUUACAAUUGUGAACCUAUGUGUCAAUCUAAAUCUACCUUUUCACCCCCAAUUUACAACAUGAUUUUUUUUUCUUUCGAACAAUAACAAAGACAAAGUAGAAAAGUAAGGAGUUUUUUUUUUGAGCAAAAGGUAGGAAAAUUAUUUCAAAUUGUUUUUGAUUCUAAAAGAAGGCAUUCAACAGUAGACAAAGAUGAUAUCCACCAGAUCGUCGGUUACCCUAGAGCAAUAGAUGUUACAGGUCGUCCCUCACUAAACAUUUUGAAUGGUAAUAUAAUGUUUUUUUUCAUACUAGAGUUAGUUUGUUGGAUAGUUCAGAUUCGGAAAAGGAACAGGAAGCAUUAUCUAAAUGUAAAAGUUCGAACACGUGGUCGUAGCAACAAUGGAAUAUCUAUUGGAUGAAAUAAUUGAGAUAUUCCUGAAUACCUGAUCAACAGUCGGCAAGGAAGAUGACAAACAGAUAUGUAGUAUGACAAACUGAUGUGGAAGAUGAUGUUAAAAGAUGAUGUUAAGCUGGUCACAACAAAUUAUUGUACAACAACAAGUUGCUGGAUGCUCAGUGAAGAAACCAUUGAUGAAGGAUGAACCUUCACUGCGUGUGAUGCAUAGGCGG